GCUGAGCGGCCCGCGGGCACCGCCGCGCCAGUCGGGUAUCAGCGCGGGCGGCGCGGGCCACGCCUGCGGAGCCUAUAUACAGCGGCUCAACUGAGGGGUGCAUCAGACGGUGCACCGAUCCGCCAGUGUGCCCCUCGGUCAGUCUGACCUGACUCCUGACCUCCCAUACCCAGCGUAGGGGGGAGUGCGCUGGGAGGACUGACCGGUUCCUGGCUCACCGGAUAGACAGCUGGGCGAGCCACCAAAAACUAGAAUCGUCCCUCGGUGAGCUGUUGGAUCGCUCACUGAGGUCGGUCGGAUUGAUCACUGAGGGUCCUAAUCAGUGAAGUUUUACUGAGAGCAGCACCAGCCACGGGAGCCAUGGCCCCGACUUUCAGCGCGUUUCUCGUCCUCAUGACUCUGCGCUGCGUGUCGCCGCUCGGCGUCAGCUCCCAGCACGACCUGGACACAGAGCUACAGCACGUGUUCACCGACCUCACCGACCCCUCUGUCUACGACAAGAACGUGCGCCCGUUCCCGGCCGGCGACGGUCCCGUCAGCGUGUACACCAGAGCCUUCGUCUACUACAUCGGAGACAUCGACGCCCAAAACUCGGAGUUUUUCGUCCAGCUGCUGCUCCGCCAGAGGUGGAACGAUCCUCGACUCAAGUACAACGUGUCCUCGAAAUGCAUACAGGGAGAGGAUUGGCACAAGAACCGUAUGUGGAUCCCGACCAUCUACCUGGUGAACCAGAAGGACGCAAAGAUCAUCGACGUCAGCAACCGGAACGUGUUUGUGAACGUGUGUCCGCAGGGCGACGUCUACUACAGCUUCAGAGUCAAGUCGUCUCUAGUGUGCGGCAUGCAUUUGAGGAAGUUCCCAUUCGACAAUCAGACUUGCUCCGUGCUGCUUGAAAGUUGGCAGCACUCGACGUCGGAGAUGGUGAUGACGUGGGAGGAGAAGCUGCCCUUCUCCACGGACGACAUCAGCCUGGCCGAGUACUCGCUGACCGAUAUCCGCGUCACAAACGCCACCUUCCACUUCCCGCAGACGACCAUCUUCAGUGACCUCCAGUGGCGCGUCGGCAGGGCAGAGGCCUACUACAGUCGUCUGGUGCUGGACUUUUUCAUGUCGCGGGAGCCGGGCUACUAUCUGCUGGACUACUACAUCCCCAGUGGGUUCCUGGUCAUCGUCUCCUGGGUGUCGUUCUGGCUCAGCCCGGAGGCCGCCCCGGCCCGCGUCACGCUAGGGACGAGCACAAUGCUGACGUUCAUCACGCUAUCUAACACUAUCAAGAACUCGCUGCCCAAGGUGUCCUACACCAAGUUCGUGGACGUGUGGCUGUUUAUCUGCACGACUUUCAUCUUCCUCUCGCUGGUCGAGUUCGCCUUCGUCAACACCAUCCACCGGCGCAGGAAGAACGUCACACUAAAGAAGGUCACCACAAAGCACGUGCUGAAGUCCACGCUGGCCAAAAGUGCGUCCAGGGACAACUUGACGGGCAUCCGUCACGGCGGCGCGGUCAACUACGGCCUGUCGCAGUCGUGCAGCAUGCUGGACAAGCUGGGCCACUCGAGCACCAGCCAGAGCGGCGCGCUGCUGGUGCCGCCGUCCCCCAGCUCCCCGCCCCGGCCCACCGUCUUCUUCGUGGAGGAGCCACCGGAGGCGGACGCCGGUGUUGGUCAGGACUCGAACGGACUCAGGAAGCGUGACGUGCUCCAGCUCAGUGACGGCUCUGCAGAGUCAUCGGAGCAGCCGGACCCGGCGGCCGCGCAGCCCGAGGGACGGCGUCGGUCGUCGAUGCGCCGGCCGUCCGUGUUCCCGCGGCCCUUCGUCGAAAUGACGCCGCCGCAGAUCGCCAAAUGGAUCGACAUCCGCAGCCGCUGGCUGUUCCCCCUCUGCUUCUUGGCGGUCAACAUCGUCUACUGGAUCUCCAUCGUCAUCUGAGCAGCCGGGAUUCGAGGCGAAGGAGGAGACCGAGCCAGAGGAGCAAGGGAAUCAGAGGAGCAGCUUGUCAGGAAAGAAUUGGUGCCGAAUGCGAAGUGAGGUGGCUAUGUGUGCUACGUAAUGUAACAAUAAUGGCCUGAUGGUACUUUUGACGAUUUUAUAUAGAGGCAGAAGAAUGAUUUUGCUGCAUACCCAAGUUUUGCAUGUCUAAAAGAAUGGGCAUUACGUAAUUACUGUGUUGUGCAUUUGAGUGCAUCAUCAUUGUGAGUAUAAUCAAGAUGUCCCGAUUAGGUGCUUUCAACAUGGGCUAAUAAAACAGCCUGCAGAUUGCGGAGAGAGUGAAUGGUUUUACGAAUAAGAAAUGUACAUAGGUGGCCUUGUGAUUGUUCCUACCACUGCAGAGAGCCCGCACGCAGUAUGAUUGCCAUUUGUCUGAUGUAAUCUAUUUUAUCUUAGCAUACUUGUUAUGUAUACCGUUUUAGAUGAUAAGUCAAUGAAUGAUGUGUUUGAUUGAAGAUUAGCAUGCUCCAUUACCCUCCAAUAGACUUUCCAACCUUCGACA